AACCAGUGUUGAGUUUAGAGGGUCUCUCUCUACCGGGGUGACAAGUCCGAGCACAGGAAAGGAAUAACAGCCGAUUGAAGACUAAAAAAAACACCGUACUUUUCAUCUCUUCACCACUGGAUACUUAUCUCGAACUGGAGUUUGGAUUAACUUCGAAAAACACACUCUUUUUUAGUUUUUCUUUUUCAUUUGCUUUAGAAAAACUCACAGAAGACAAUGGGGUCCCAAGCAUCCAAAGGAGAUGUGGCCGCGGAGGCGAGCGCUGCUGCCGCUGACGGAGCAGCUGUCAAAACCAAUGGACAGGAGAAUGGACAUGUGAAAACCAACGGUGAUGUCUCCACAAAGACUGAUGGAGCCGCCGCCACCAACGGCUCGGCUGAGGCAGCGAAGGAGCCUGAGGCGGCCGCAGGAGACGCCAUCGAGCCGGCGCCCGCUGCAGACGGAGAGGCCGCCAAACCUGAAGGAGAGGCUGCUGCCAAGGAGACCCCCAAGAAGAAGAAGAAGAAGUUCUCCCUGAAGAAGUCCUUCAACUUCAAGCUGAAUCUGAAGAAGACCAAGAAGAGCGAGGCUGUGAAGGAGGAAGCCGCCGCCACCUCCCCCGCCGAGGAGAAACCGGCUGAGAACGGGGCUGCUGCUCCUGCCGAGGAGAAGAAGGAGGAGGUGAAGGAAGAGAAGAAGGAGGAGAAGAAGGAGGAGAAGAAGGAGGAGGUUGCUGCUGCUGCCGAGGCCCCCAAAGCAGAGGAGGCUCCGGCGAAAGAGGAGGCUCCCAAAGCAGAGGAGGCCCCCAAAGAGGAAGCUGCCCCGGCCCCCGAGGCCACGAAACCAGCAGAGGAGAGCAGCUCGACCCCCGCCCCCUCUGAAAAGAAGGAGUGAUUGUACGUUUAUCUCACAAUGAACUGGGUGAACUGUUUUUCAAGAGAGAGAGAGAAAAUUUAAGAGUAUAUAUAUAUAUUUAUAUAUAUAUGUGUAUAUGUAUACAUAUGUAUAUGGAUAUAUGUAUAUGUAAAUAUAUACACAUGUAUGUGAGAGACUCCUUCGACGUGCCACUUUUUCGUCAUGAUAACAAGACGACAGACUAGAUUCACUAGAUCACUUCCCUGGUUUCUGCUCGACAUCUGGACCCGGACUGAGUUUUAGACUGUGGGCUGGUCGCCGUGUGGAAAUCUGGAUUUUAAAAGCUAGAAAGCGAGCUAAUGACACCAUGACGUAUAGACGGAUGGAGAAAGAUGGUAUCUUUUCCCACAAAAUCUGCAAAUCAAAGAUGCCUCCUUGCUGAAGAAGCUAGAUAACAUACUAGGACACCACCACUUGAAAUGACUGUUCGCAAAAAAAAAAAAAAAAAAGAAAUCAGAAAAUUAAAGAGACUUGCCAACUUUUUACAUUCCUAUAUUUUAACCCAAAUUUGAAGUAUUUUGUGGUGUAUUAUAGAGAACCAUGUUAAAGAUUCAGAGAAGCUAUUACUUGUUUGUUUAAAGAAAAAAAAAAUAGACAACUUUGAUUUUUACCUUACUAUGAAAAAAGAACACUUAAGCUUGCUAUGUUCACUGUUGCGGUUUGAUAUGAAGCAGAAUUGUUUACCUGUCGUAUGUGAGCCUGAAUCUGCUUUGUCUCUGUAAAUACAUUGGAUUGAUUUCUGUUCUUUAUUUUGCUAAUGUUGACAGAUGUUACUGGUUUUAUUGUAAAGUUGAUAAUGGUAAAUAAAUGUUGGUUACCUA